UCAAACCAUCGCCUUUGAAAUUAGGGAUGUCGCAACAGUUAAUGAAAGAAAUAAAAGAAUUUCGAAAGUUACAGGCAUUGAAGGUGGUUGAUGAAAUUAAAGCGAUGAUUUUGCCCAGACUUCGUCUCCAUGAGUACCGGUCUGCGGACAUUGACUCAUAUCUUUCAAUGUGUAUCGAGAUUGGAUGGCUAAUGGUUGUACAAGACCCGCCUUUAGAACUUUUAGAGGACGCCCCAGACAGAUUUGAUACAACCACAUUUAAGGACUACACAAGACGGGGACGCUAUACUGAAUUUGUUGUUUGGCCAGCAUUACUUCUACACAAGAAUGGUCCUCUUCUGGCAAAAGGAGUAGCCCAAGGUUCUGAUCAUUCUUUUAAAUCACAGAGUCUUGGAAGAACACACAAGAUAGAGAAACGGAAUGAGACAAAAAUGGUUGGCACGUUUACUGCACGAAGGGGCAAUAAAAGACCAGCAAUUCAAAGUUCUACGUUUCGAUCACCGAUUUACGAGGAUUCGAGCAAAGUAACCCAUAUCUAAAGCAAUUCAAUUACCUAACAUCAGAUUUAUAUAUAUAUUUCCAUAGGUUGUUAUAACUUAUUAAUUUAAUAUGUAAUUAUCUUCAACAUACGCUGCUUUCUUUACGGAUUUAAACUUUUUUGAAGUUGUUAUUUUUUAUAUUAACCAUUACAUGUUGUUUACAGGAAAACCUAUCUGUCGCAUGUUAUACUCGUUGAUAUACAUGUAUACAUACUAUUCAUAGGUUAUAAACUUGAUGCAUACCAUAACGUUUUUAAGUAUGACCAUAUCGUACAUUUACUUAUCCGAGGUGGUCUGAUAUAUCAUUUAUAGAUUAUGUAGUAGAUAUGACCAGUUGUAUACAAUGACAUAUACAAUUUAUAUCCUUUCAAGGACAGCGCCCACAAGAGGUACGCCGGGGAUGAUCUGAGUGUGCUAUCGUAGAAUAUUAAUUGACUGACUGAUGAUAAAAAAUGUAAUAAGGACUUUAUUUCUAUCUUAAAUAGAUAUAAUAUAGUGUUUUUGUAUGAAGCAUGGACAAAUCAAAAAAGUAAUAUUGAUUUAAACGGAUAUGUAUCUUUUAACUUUAUAGAAAGUUUCAGCAUCGUAAUGCACGGAGAUCAAGUGGUGGGGUUGCAGUUUAUUAUCAUGAAUUUUUGAAAGACGGUAUUCAAAUUAUCCGCAUUCACUAUGACAUAAUUGUAUGGUUAAAACUAGAUAAAACAUUCUUUAGAUUUGAAUCAGAUGUAUAUAUUGGUGGUAUUUAUUUAUGGUGUGACGAUUCUCAUGCGUAGACAGUGUAUAAUGUAGAUCUUUUUAAAAUUAUUGAAAAUGAUAUUUUUGAAUUUGAUAAUGAUGGUGAUAUUUAUUUAGUCGGAGACUGGAAUAGUCUUGUUUGCCUUCAAACAUGAUUAUGUGAUAUUUGACACGUUGAAUGAUGAACUAGAUUUACAGGAUUAUGUAGCAGAUGAACCCCUAGCCCGGGCCUCUACAGAUAAAACAUGUAACACGUUUGGUAAUCGUUUACUUGAUCUUUGCAAAAGCACUGGAAUUCGAAUAGUUAACGGUCGUUUAUAUAGUGAUUAUAUAAUCGGAAAUUGCACGUAUUUCUCGAGGCAAGGGUCGGCUGUUAUUGAUUAUUUAAUUAACAAAACCUGGUAAUUUUUCAAGCCUUAGAGAUUUUAUUAUUUUUGGUUUUAACGAAUGGAGUGACCACUGUCCUAUUUCUUUUAGUUUACAUUGUAAUAUUGUUAUUGAAAAUUGUAUUUAUGAUAAUGAAAUAUUUGUUUACUAUAGAUGGUCUGCAGAUUUGAAAAAUCAUUUUAGAUCAAGUCUUUUAACAAGAUUACCUCUUGGAAACAAUCUGACUAGUAAGAUUGAUUUGCAAAAUAGAUCGUCAAUAGAUAAUAUAUUGUUAAAUUUUACGUCUAUUAUUCAUUAUGUAACGGAUCCUUUAUUUCGUCAAAAUGUUACUAUUAAAAACGCAGUCUCAAAUAUUGUUUAGCCAUGGUUUGACCAUGAAUGUGAACGGUCAAGGCAGUUGUAUAUAUAUAUUCUUUGUCAAAAUUUUACCGUUUUAAACCUCCAACAAAUAGGGAACAAUUAUGCUUUUUAAAGGCUAGGUAUAAGGCUAUAAUGAGGAGAAAACGAAAUUGUUAUAAUCUCAAGCAAGGUAAGGAAAUUGAAUAUUUAAGGUUAUCAAAACCAAAAGAGUUUUGGAAAUAUUUUAAAAGAAAAAAUGUUGUUACUAAUAAUCUUUCCCUAGAGUCAUUUUUCAAAUACUUUUCUGAACUAGGAAAUGAUAUAUUUCAAAAUGUUAAUGUUGAAUCUGAGGAUUUUGCCUCAACUCAUGAUUUCAACUUUAGUGAUGAUGCUGAUGACUUUUAAGAUCGGCCAAUAUCUAUUUAAUGACAUCAUAGAUGCUUUCAAUUCCUUGAAACGAGGAAAGGCUUACGGACACGAUUUUCUAUUGAAUGAAUAUUUUAUUGAGUCAAUUGAUAUAUUGUCUUCACAUUCAUGUGAUUUAUUUAAUGAAAUACUUGAUAGCGGAUAUUUUCCGGAUAAUUAGACUGAAGGAGUAAUAAUUCGUUUGCACAAAAAGGGAGAUAAGAAUGAGGUAAAUAACUAUAGAGGCAUAACUUUAUUUAGCUGUAUGUCAAAAAUAUUUGCAUCUAUAUAAACAAAAGAAUUUAUAGCUAUUGUGAAUAAAUUUGUUUACUGUCAGAUGCCCAGUAUGGGUUUAGAAAAGGCAAAUCUACUGUUGAUGCUUUAUUUGUGUUAUCAUCUAUUGUUCAGAAAUAUAUUACCGACAAUAAA